CCAAUAUAACUAGAGAAUGACUUCUCUCUCGGCAAUACUUGGUCGCUAGUGUAAAGGCCCAAGCCAGGUUGCUGACCACUUAUCAAGGGUGGGGUAUCUACAAUAUAAGUACUUAUCCAUAACACGCCGUGAAUACUUACUACCUACCACCCUCCAGAACAUGCAAAUGAUGCUGGCACUCUCCCGUUUAACGGUAGUAUAUACUAAGAGCACAUUAUAUUCUCAGGAAUUCAUGCUUGAAGACACUACCCAUGUGCGCUUAAUUAAGGACUGAGUCAUUCAUCAGAGUAGCCAUCAGGCAUGACUCCUGCAAACAAAUCCAACACCUACAAAGCACUCUGACACGAGUCCGUAAAGUGAAAUGGAACGAAGUGAAUUUGGCCCACGGCAUGAAUUCACCAUCAAGUCCCAUUCACUCAAUUAACACUGAUUCAAUUUACCUACCUACCUUCAAAGGAUCCCUUCUUCUCUCCCUCUCUUCCUUCUUCCCUCUUCCAUCCCCUCACACCUCUCUUCCAAUCCUCCCACCUUCUCAUCCAUCAUCUCCUACCUCAUCAACACCAAUCAUAUUCAUCAACAAUUGAAGAACCCAAAAUGAACAUCAAACGCGAAAGCUUCAAGGAGUCCCUCUCCAAAGCCUUCACCAACCGUGAAGCACCAACCACGUCCCCCUUUGCCAUGACACCCCCCUCCUCCACCGCGACCUCCGAUGCCUGGUCAGCUUUCGGCUCCAAAGCGCAGAAGAAACGCCCUGCCGUGGUAUCCCCCCGUCUCGCAACCCGGGACGCGAAGCGCACCACUACCACAACCACCACGGCCACUACUACCACCAACCCUACCAUCCCCGCUCACCUCCUCGCCAAUCUGAAGGUCCUGGUACAGCAACUUGAAUCCACAACCACAGCCGCCGCUGCCGAUGCGGAAUCCACCAUCUGCACUGAAGAUGUCCUCUUUAACAGAAAUCCCGAGCCAAAGUGGGCCGAUCUCAUAGCUCGCGACAACCUACCCUGGGUGGACACCGCUCUCGACAUCAUUAAGCAGGGCGAGAAAGUCUACGAGAAGAACAUCAAAGCAUUCCAAGAUAUUACCGAGAAGCUGAUGGCGUUGGGCGAGCAGGUGCAAGAGAUUCGGACCGAGAUGGACGCAAUGUCCUUGAAGCUCAGUCAACUCAAUGUGGAUUGUCUUGAUUUGAACGCGGAGGUUUUUAAUAUCCCGACUCAGGAGGUGCGCGAGAUCACUCGGUUGUCGUUGAAAGCGCUGUUGGAGGCUAAUGCGGGUGAUGUGGAUGGGUGUGCUACUGUGAAGAAGGAAUUGGAGGAGAAGGAUGCCGAACAGAUGAUGGGUCCGCUUGGUUGGUACUAACUCAUGGUUGCCUAGGAUCACAACACUGUCUGCAGCCUCGGGUGAGGUUAGUUGGUAUUCCUGAAGGAAGCUGAAGUUGGAGCUGGCUCUGGCUGGGUUGGCUGGUGGAUCGGGGCUUGGGUGGACGAUUGUUCUGCUGGCAGAUGGUAAUUCUGUGGUUACAUUGGCGCUAUGUGCUUCUUUCAUUGAUGACAAUAGUAUCCAUUGGGUUUGAACACUCUGCUCGCACGGUAAACUGGUAGUAUGCAAUUGGUCAUGUCAUUCUUUUAUCAAAUCAUCUCAGCUAUUCUAAAUUCCAAAGAUUCCACUAACAGAUCAAAACCGCUCUAUUAUUAUCAUU